AUGUCGGGUCAAAUUGCGUCAUUGGUCGGGAAGAAGAUUUUGGGAGAGACAGCGAAGAAUCAUUUUGGAAAAGAGGACCCUUACUUCGAAGAAGUCCCUGCUUCCCGCCUCAACCGCGCAUUUGGUAAAAAGACACAGAAACGACGCAGAGCCGUUCCACCCGGCUUGUCUGACAACGAUGCCAAAGUCCUAACUCAAGUGAAACGCAGGGCAUACAGGCUGGACUUGUGCCUUUUCAACUUGUGUGGGAUUCGGUUCGGUUGGAGCAGUGUGAUUGCUCUAUUCCCUUUUGUCGGUGAUGCAGCUGAUGCAGCCCUCGCCCUGAUGGUCAUGAGGACUUGCGACAAAAUCGAUGGAGGACUUCCAGGACGCCUCCGGAUGUCAAUGAUGAUCAACAUCAUAAUUGACUUCUUCAUCGGACUCGUACCAUUGGUAGGAGACAUUGCAGAUGCCAUAUACAAAUGCAACACACGUAAUGCCGUUCUUUUGGAGAAACAUCUGCGCGAAAAAGGGGCCCGAGCGCUUUCAAAAAGGGAGAGGCAACAAGAUCAAGAUCAAAUUGAUGCGAGUCUGCCGGAUGAAUUUGAUAAAUAUGAAAGGGAAGGUCCAACUCGCUCUGGUGGUCCGAGUGGUGCCCGAACUCCUACCAGACCUGAACCCGCCAGGCACCCACAAAGGAAUCGCUCAGAGAAAAGGUGGUUUGGCGGAUCGAAACAAAGACCAGCAGACCUGGAGCAGGGACCAGGAGACCUGGAGCGUGGAGUUGUGUGA